AUGGGCACCGGGGAUUACAUCUGCGUGACGCUGCGUGGAGGUGCACCCUGGGGAUUCACCCUUCGGGAGGGAGAGGGAGACACCUAUAGACCCUUAAUAGUCACCCAGGUAUCUAUCUCUAUGUCUGUACUGGUUACUACAAAGAAGCUGUAUUAUUCGGAUGAAAGUUUCACCAUAGUGACUCUCGCAGAAGUUUUCUUAUUUUUCCCAAAGUUUUGUAGAGUAAUUUAGCAUCGGGAAUAAUUGUUGAAAAGCUGAUCUAUGUUUGGUGGAAGAGGAGUUAAUGGGAAUUGUGCGUGAGGCUGCAUUUUUGUGCGCGUUGGCUGUGUUUUGGUGCGAGAUUCCUCGGAACCCUUAUAUGGUCAAGGCCGAGAGAGCGUGUGAAGCUGAGGGCAGCUCGAUCUGUUAUCACUCACAGAGACUUCAGCGAGAAAGCGAAGUGUUAUCGUGGUAACCUGUGAGUGAGAGGGAGGUGCAUCAAUGCAAAAUUUCAAACCAUUAACGACACCUGAAGCUGAGAUAUGAGGUGCAAGUGUCAUUUCAGGAGGGGAUUCAAACAAAUGAGAGCAAGGAGUACAGGCGUAUGCUGAAAACACAUUUAAAUUCCCUGAUAAUGUAGAAAUGGACUUGAUGCAGUCCAUGGUUUUAUGACGUAUAGCCAGUUUACAUAUGAAAAGCACAUGCUGCAACACUGGGAUGCAUUAUAUUGUUUAUGGCACUAGUCUUUUAUUUGAAGUUUUGUACCAUUUUAGUUUUAUUUAGCUACAGAAUACUUACAUUAACUCCACAUGAGCUUAAGUUGUGUCUUACAUGUUGCAUCCUUUGUAUGCAGGUCACUAAAUCAUGCAGAUCCAGCUGUGCUGAAACUGUGCCUCAAUACAGUGAACUUCUAUAAGUAAAAGUUAGUGUAUGGAUCAUAAAAGAUGAAAAUAAAUUAGGCUACAUUCAGAAGUUUUACUGCGGCUUGCUUUUUCCAAGCCCAGUGUAAAAUACCCGUUGGUCCUAAAAAAUUUAAGGUCUAGAUAUGAAACAUGUCACAUAAAUGCACAAAUAUAUGCAGCUAUCACAAGUUACGUCAAACUUAUCUUGCUGUUGUAAAUGUUUACUCAGACGAAAAGCCAGAUGCCUUUGUUUUAAAGAGUAGCUGAGGCUCUAUAUAUGGUAUGGCAGUGCACAGUCACAAAUACUCAGGCUGCACAGAUCUCUCGUCAACUUGCAGGGGAAAAUGUAAAUGUUUUCCCAAAGCUGAAUUCCUGUAAAUUCAAAGCUCAGCCAGAAGAAGGUUAAUAAUAGCAAAGACAGAAAAAGGAAACCAGCAUUUAAGUCGAAAUUUUGAUUUUGCUACUGUUGUAGGACAAUGAUUAAUAUGUCCAAUUACUCCAACUGGUGAAAGGAAAUGACAAAAAUGUUCACUUAAACUCUCUAAACCUGUUAUUUAUUAGCAAAAACACCCCCCAAAGUCUAACGUUUUUUGGAAAUAUUAUUGAGCAUGAGCUAAUAUAACCCUCGUAAACUGGCAUGCUAAAACUUGGCAGCAGCAGGUCUGUCCCCUUCUCUCUGAGAGGGAAUGCCCCCUUUACCAAUUUUCUUCCGAAUUGUUUUUCUUGAAAAAUAAAGUCUGACAUGUUGGUCUAAUACAUUGAAAUAGCUGCUAUGAUGCAUGAACCUCCAAAUAUAACAUCUGUGUUCCUCAGUCCUCAUCUGGAUCUCCAAACAUACCUUCAAACUCCUCACAUGGGAGGCCAAGUCUGUUAGUUAUAAGGCAAAAAAAGCAAACAUACCAACAUCAUGACAAAAACCUAAAUCAAGAGGCCCUCCUGGGUCUGAUCAACUGUGAUUUUUAUUCAGGAUUCUUUUUUAAAGUAGUUGAAACUGUGUUUUGUUUCUCGGGGAAAGUGAUUGUUCAGUGUACUGACAGGCGGUACAGAGUAAGAGCACGGGGUAUCCACUCCUAAAAGGUUCUUUCCUUAUAAGGGAGGCAGUAUUUUUCUUCUCAUUUGGAGUCCUGGCCUGAGUACAAAGUCGAUGAGGUCACUUCUUUUUUAAAGCUACAGAAACGGCACAAUGCAGAAUUUCUAAAAGAACUGUGCCACAAAUACAUAUUAAGAAAACAUGUAAGAAGUUACAUCUGAUUUAUCGCACUAUUAUGCUGGUUUGAGGUGUCUUUGUUUAAAAAAAAUACUGAGAUAACAUCAGUAUUAAUACCCAAUAGCUUAAAUCCUUCCAACCUGAACUGGAGACAUUUUGCCUGCUAAUUACUGAAGUAUGCCAUGUUGGUAUGUGGAACGUCAACAUGUAUCAGAUCAGUUCUGGAGCUCUGCAUGACAAAGCAAAUAUCUUAAUGCAAGUCAGACACUUUCCAGACUCUCACUUAAUGAGAGCUUAUCUUAAACGUAUCUACACUCUGUGAGAAAAUAUUCACAGUUCGAAGAAAAAGUCCUUUCUGCGUGGGUGACCUUGACCUUACAGAGAGAAACAGGCCCUUGUUGCAGAUGCUUGGCUCUUAAUUGCACGCCAUAGGAGUGUCAUUAAGCUGCUGAGCAAUCGGUACAAUAAAUGCUGUUUCUGCAUUCAUUCAGUGCAUUUAAUUUUCAGAGUAAACAAAGUACUCCUUCUCAAACUAGGGUUUAUUGGCAUGAGGAUAUUCAAAACAACAGUGCCAUUUUUUCCCCCUUUUCUGUUCCUAUUCAAAUUGUUGUAAGUUGCAGCAUGUGAAAACUCUUUGCCAGAUACCCAAAGUAAGGACAUUUGUAUGACUCAGAGGAUUAUGUAAAAAAUGGACAUCUUGUGCAAAGUAUGUAACAACAUCAUCUAAAAGUGUAGGGUUAGCUUUGUUGCCUCAGCAAGAGGAAUCCUGGUUGGAGGGAUACCUGACUGGGUGGGCAGGAGUGUGUCUGUGAGGAGUUUGCAUGUUCUCCUAGUUUAUGUACUCCUGCUCCUUCCCACAAUGCAAAAACAUGCUUGAGAAGUUAAAUGAUGAAUCUGUAGUUGUGGAUAUGUAUGGGGAUAGUUGCCUUAAAGUGUCUGUAGACAUUAAAAUAUAGUCAAGUGAAAGGAACAUCUUAAUAAUGUCACUUCAGAGCAAAAAUAUCAUCAUGAUUUGUGAAUAUACCUGAAUGAUUUCGAGAUUUUAGUUUGAUGAACAGACAAAUAGGUUCUGUAAAAACCAUCUGUAAAAUAUUAUAAUCUGCUGUUUGGCUGACAAAUGAGCUUUUAAAGAGUUUUAACACCUCAUCUUUCUGUUUAUCUUUAAGUUUGCCAGAUUUGAAGGAAUGCUGACCUGUCUUGGCAGUCAAAGAAUUUAGUUAUCUGCCAGCACAUUCACUUUAGUCACAGUUAAGCCUUUUCCUUGAGUGUCUACACCUCUCUUCCUAGAGGAAAAAGAGAAGAUGAGUAAUCAAGGACUAUGACUUUACUUAUCCCCCCACAUGGUGUUAGUUUUACCUGUACUGCAGCUGGAAAAUAUUUGCCCGAAAUGUAAAAACAUAAUUGCUUAAAGCUGCAAGGGUCAGGAAACGCCGGGAGCUACAUGAACGCAUUGUGCAGUCUUGUGUUUCCUGUGAUUUUCUGUUCUGUUUAAACCUAUUAAAUAGAUAAUUUGAAAAUGAGCAACCCAGGAUAAAACCUUCACGUAAUGCGAAGUUACUGAGGCCUCACACAGUGCCAAGCAUGAAUUCUGAUAGUUUGGAAAAUUGCAUCUUUUGGGAGGCACUUUAUUUGAAAUAGUUCUCGGUUUGUUUUUUCUCUAUUUGGAAUUACUAGUGACUGUUUGUCUUUAAAAGCAGCACAUGACAAACAGGAUAGAGGUGGUAUCUUACUCAUCUGAACAUUGUCUCACUGUGUAUCUCACUGUUGCGAGGAGAGACAACGACAAAUGUUUCCCCUCCUUUUUUGGAGCAUGAGUGCGUUGCUGUGGCGUUGAAGACAAACCGUCCUCCCUGUAGUGAAGAGGGAGUCCCUGAGGACAGGAAUACAGGCUGCCUUAUAGGGCCUGUUUGUACUCUGUUAACUCUUAAAAUCUCACAGGGGUUUUAUCUGGAAGCUGCCAGCUCUGUAAAGUUACUCAUAAAAUGAUUUUGUAUAUAGGACCCUUUUUUGUUGCACUGGAUGUUGCUUUUACUUGAAGCAGGUAUAAACAUUCAAGGUUAGGUUUAAAUUGCAGGUAUAGGGCUCCUUGUAUGUACUUUUUUGAUGCGUGAUGAUAAAAAAGCCAAAUUAGCUUUUGCUGUAAAAAUGCAUGAUAAACUGUUUCAUUUGAAUUAAUCUGUCUCUUGGUCUGACUUUUAAUCUCUAAACAUGCAUGUAUUGUCCUUUGCCCUGCUUCAUAGAAGCUGUGUUUCCACUGCCAUCUAGUGGCAAGGUUACUUUUCUGCAAGUUGGAUGCAUGUUGGAGGUUAUGCUGCAUGUGUUGUUGGGUUUAUUCUCAUCUAUAACCAUAAAAAGAUCCACCAUGAAGAGAGUGACAUUGAAUUUCUAUGGGUUGCAGCGUUACAAAUAUUUAUAUAAAUUGAUAACUGUUGCUUUUUUUCAAGUAUUGGAAAAACUCCCGAGCUUUCAGCUGCCUUACAUUAAGGUUUUCACUUUCAAUUUCACAUAACACAUGUGGCUGUUUUGUGUAAAAAUCUUAAUAUAUUAUAAAUCAACUGCUUCUGUGGUGAAAAAAUGGGCAUUAGCAUGACAGUCUGGUCAUUUAGUCAUCUUUAGUGCCAUCAGAUGUUGGCUUCAUACAUUCUGAUCUAUGUGACCAUUACUGCCUUAAUGUGUAAAUUAAUCCUUCAGAGGAAUUAACAAAGGGAAUAUGAAGACUCAUGACCUUGUUACGCAGGAAGAAUCAAGUUUUAGACUUCUCAAGUAUGUUUUAUUUUUCUAACAGCUUUUUGUCUUUUUUAAUAGUGAAUGUAAAUAUACAAAAAAAAAAAAACACAAGCAAAAGAGGGGGUCAUAUAUUGUGAGUAAAACACUUUGAAGUGGUUGCCAAUCCAAACAAACAUGCAGACUGUAUUUUCUCUGAGCUGUUUACUUUGUAUUAUAUGCAGAGUUUCUUCCUGAGAGUAUAUCCUCUAAUUGCAGCGUACUGAAGUAAUCAUUUUUGCCUGCAAACUGUAUGAGUGGCCUUUUGUGCAAAAUUUAUGGGGUAUUUCUCCUUAUUAAAUCCCCUUAUUAAUGAACCGUUUUAUAGGCUUCAGGAACCAAUUACAAGAGAAUGAAACCAUCAGUCAUUAGUGUAACUGUGUAAAGAAGUGCCCUCUAAAUGAGUCUGCACAGAGCCGGCCUACAGCAGUAAUAAGGAGCUGCAUGGUUUAGAUACAAGGUAAACCUAGCUGACGUCAUUGGUCUAACUGUUUGUGGAGUGUAAUGUGAAUUUAGCUGACUGUUUCACUGCUGAUCAUGCAUGCACAACCAUUACAGUAAAUUUUACAAUGUUACAGUAAUUAUGUGGAGAACGCCGAUACUUCUGCUAUCAUAUCCUCAUAUAAUGUUCCACAAAUAUCAAUAAUACUGUUAAAAAACCUCCUGGUUCACUCUAUGGAGAAUCUCUAUUCACAUAUUCAAUGAUUGCACCCUAUAAGCAUUCCUAAAAGGCUUCAUAUUGACUAUAGAACCAUCACUAACAAAACCUGUUUCCAAAAUCCAUCUUGUGUUUGCCUGUAAUGAUUAAACUUGCAAAGUGACAAAACAAUCCAUUUAGGUAAAAAAUAUAUAUACUUCUGUUAUUUUUACUGGAAUCCACUAUAUUUCUGGGACUUACUUACCUGAUAUAUUGGUGUAGUGGUUAGUGUUUUCUGCAUCAAUUUGAUGGCAUCUAGCUAGAAUACCAAGCAGCUGAUUCAGGGAAAGAAUCACACCUAAGGCAGCCUGUAUAUUCGUGUUUUUUGUGGUUGCUAACAGAAGAUGAUGAUACUUCAUAACAAUGUAUGUUUGAGGUUACCAUGCUGACUUGGUGUUUGAAAGGCUUGCUUUAGUUUUUUCUUUUUUUCCUUUUUAAAGAAGGACUUUGUCUUUCACAGGUACAAGAAGACAGCUGUGCCUUCCUGGCUGGUGUACGGGAUGAUGAUGAGGUGGUGUCACUCAACGGCGAACCAUGUGCUGACCUCACCCUUUUGCAAGCCUUGGAGCUCAUUGACACAUCUAUUGACUGUCUGCAGCUGCUCUUGAAAAGGUAGAGCCACAACAUAGCACUUAUCAAACAGCUGAUGCUGAAUUGAUGUUGAGCCAGUCUGUUUUGCAAAAGUACAGUAUUUGUGUGCAGUGUCAGCUGAGCAGUACAGCACUCAAGGCCCAACAGCAAGGCAAAAUAAUAAUUUUCUCUCAUGCAUUAGCAUUUAGAUAGCAUGUUGUUUUAUGACCUGUGCACCUUUUCAUAGUUCAGUGAGCCUCUGACUGUCUGAGUAAAUAUGUGCACUCAUGUGACUUUAUGAGUUGCCUGUGUGUUGACCUUCCAACUGUGAGGCCAGUGUGUCAGUGUGUUACAGAUUUGUGAGUCUGAUUAACAUGCAGCUGCUCGGCUGUUGCUCAGAGGUUUUUUUUGCUCAUGGGCUUAGAAGGGCAGUAUGUCCUCAUAUAUUGCAAGACAUGCCUAAAAUGUCCACAUCAUCAUAUCAGAAUGAAAAAUAACAAAUGAAUCAUGAAAGGAGGCACUGUCUUUUAAUGAACAGUUGUUUUAAUUAUUUUUUUCCCCUUUCACGCUGUCUUUUUUCUAUUUUUCAAGAUACAGCGCCAUCCCUUCAGAUGACAGUGAAUCCCAAGAGACCUCCUGUGGUGAGAGGGACUCCUCUGGUGAGGUUCUUGAAAGCACAACCCUUCACAUUGUCUCCUCAAAGCACAGCUCCCAGAGCCCGAAGGAACUCUACAUAUCUGAGUCCCAGGAUGAAAAUUACAACAUAGAGUUGGACAUUGAGUUUGCCAGAAAGCCUCAGCUGCUUAGCACUAAGCUACAUACCACCUCAUGUAGUGAUCAGAGAGACCAGGAGGACGAUGAUGGAGAAACGCGGCGGUGCCUCUCUCCUGGGGACAUGGUGGAGCUCCAGGUGUCCCUCUCUGAGCAAACUCUGGAUGACGUGGGAUGCACAUCUCUUGGGAGUGCCCUUGGAAUUGCAGGAGAACUUUCAAACAGAGAGGCCAUCUUCACAGUCCCAACCACCAUCAUCACCACCGCAUCUUAUGACCUGCCGAGCUCAGUUAGAGAGCCACUCAGCCAGCACGGAGUGGUGCUCAGCUCCCCUUCCAUGCUAGGGCAGGUGGAGGUCAUCUUGCAGCAGCCAGCAGCAUUGGGAGCAGGGAGGGGCAUCCUGAAUGUGGGUGGAAGUGUUGGAUCCCAAAGUGAAGGAGAAGAAGGAGGAGGGCGCUGCGAGGGAGUCCCUGGGUCAUUGACUGUGUCAUUUGGAGUUCCCUCAGAAGAGGGGACAGGAGGAGAAGAGCAGGACUCUGAUUCUGAUUCUGAGGGGGAUCAAGACAAACCCAACAAACACAGAGCCAGGCACGCCAGUAAGUACCUAUGAGCCUCUUCAAUUUCUUUAUGUAUGUGUUAAAUCUUUUCUUUUGUGUGUCAUUGAGAAGGUCGUGCAAAUCUGUUCAUUUAAAGAAAAAUCUGCAAGCUAAUAGGUCAACAGUAAAAUGCAUUUGUCAACAACAUGUGUGCAUUCCUAAGCCUGAUGUCCGGUGUGUGAACUCCUCAAAAUAGUAUCUGUCACUGCAGUUGGAGGAGGGCGCUCAGUCCUUCAAAUGGGACUAGAUACAUCCGGGUCUGACCUGGAAUACUACUGAGUCAAAGUCAUUGCAGAUAGGAUGGUAAAAGUCAACAAAAGCUAUCAUAAAUGUAAAGAAUCAAAGAAUCAAAUAAAAAAAGGCACUGCAUGGAUUAUAUCUGGAAAGCAUCUUAUAAAAUAUCUCAGAGUAUUCAUUUGAAGCGGCUCCGUGAUUUAUAUGGAUACUCAGGCGUUCCUUCAGAGCUGUGUUGAAGACAUAAAUAUAACACGAGCACGCUGAUGAUGCCUGCAGAAGUGGCCCUUUGACGGACACCAGCAUGUGCUCCCCCAGCCCCGUUACCUGAUCCUUUCAAACUGGGUGCUUUAACUGAGCUAAAAAAGUGAGCCCAUUGCUCACUCCCGCUGUCCCCUCCACCUUCAGGUUAGUCUUGCAGGAAUAAAAAACAAGAUCCUGCUGAUUUCUCUAUAACAGGCUUGCUUUGCUGGAUCAUUUGAGGUCAUUUGUUGUGUUGUGUAUGUGCUGUAUGUUAGAUGAGCUUAUGUAUCAGAGGAUUUGGCAGAUUUAAGAAGAACAGAAGGCUGUAAGUGGACAACUUGUGGACUUUCACACAAGGACUGGUAAAGAGGCUCGGAUCCUGUGGAUUUAUUGCAUGCGGUCUAUCUUUAAUCCUUCUCGGAUCCUAUUCCUGGCUACUUUAUGGGGGACUUUCUGAUGUUAAUUGUCUAUGAACAAGUCAGUAUAUGGGACAUGGGUCAGAGAUUUUCUAUUAUUGCUCUAUUGGUUGUUGUUUUAAAUUUAACAGAGUGAGAAGAUUGACAGAAUGCAAUUUUAAAAAAAGAGAGGCUGUUGCUUUAGAUGGAUAACGAUUGUGUGGACUUUACAUGUGUGUGAUUUGAAAGUUUUUAUGUGAAGGUGUUGGUUUAUGAGUUACAUAGACAGCUUAUUUAUUGUUGAUAGUGCAAAUGGGUCACCCUGUUGUCAUGUCAGAGUUAUGCUUUUUAACUACAUUGCUUUAACCCCCUUUUUUGCUCUCAGUAUGAAGCUAUUCUUUUCAUACAAGCUAUUUUUACUCUUUACUCUAAACUGGGUUUGAUACAAUAAUUUUUCGGGAUUUGCUAAAAAGUUAGAUUAAAAUACAAAUCCUAAUAAAGAUUUAAAGGAAGCUGUGGUUGGAUUUAAGAUCAGGCUUAAAGUUUUCCUUGAUAUAAAAAAAAAGAGAGAGAAGUAUAAACAAAAUCAUCAUUUUAUGAAGGAUAAGAAAUCUAAUUUUUCAAUCUAUAUGUUUUCUUUAUAAAUAAAUAUACCCCAAAGGGAUUUAAGAUUUGUUUGGUUCUUUUCUCCCUCAUUUGAUUUCCAAGAGGAGCUUUUCCUCAGAUUUCCCUUGUAUUGAAACACCCAUAUCUCUCUUUUUUGUCUCUACAGGGUUUAGGCGUGGCGAGAGUCAGUCAGAGAAGCAGCUGAAGGAAGCCAAGUCCAAAUGUAAACGAAUUGCUCUUCUUCUUACGGCUGCUCCGCCCAACCCCAACAACAAGGGGGUGUUGAUGUUCAAGAAACAUCGGCAGAGGGCCAAGAAAUACACACUUGUGAGCUACGGCACAGGAGAAGACGAACCUGACUACAGUGACGAAGAGGACGAGGAAAACGAAGACAGAAAGCAAGGAACCCAAACUGUUGAAUUCACUCUUCUGGCUCCAAACAAUUCUGAAGCGGAUAAGCAGUUUCUUUCUAAUGCCCAAAGUGGAAAAAGUGUGCUAACUAUUAACUUGGACAAGGGUCUGCUUGAGAUUGAGAGGAACCUGAACAACCAAGCAGAGAUGGAGUGUUUGCCUGAAACCAAGGGAAAGGGUGCUCUGAUGUUUGCCCAGCGGCGUCAGAGGAUGGAUGAGAUUUCGGCUGAACAUGAUGAGCUCAGACGCCAGGGGAUUCCUGUUGAAGGGGUGAUAGAGGCAGAGAAAAAGAUUACAGAGCACUCCUACAUACAGUCCACAACAGAGAGCAAUGCUUACAUGGAUGUAAAUAUUCACCAACAAAGCCAACAGCAGCAACAGUACCAGCAAUAUCAGGAGCAGCAGUACUAUGAGCAACAACAGCGGUACCAACAACAACAGCAAAACUACCACCAACAACAGCAGCAGCAGUACCAACAACAACAAUAUGAACAGCAGCAGUAUGAACAACAGCAUUAUCAACAACAGCAGAUGUACCAGCAGCAACAGCAACAUCAGCAGCAAGAAUAUCAUCAAGAGCAGCAGCAAAUGCAGCACUACUCUACGAACAUCAACGGCACAGUCCAUCAGCAAACAAGUGAAAUGCAGAGCUCUCUCAGUAAUCGUACUGCAAAGCCAUUCUCUGCAGAAAACAUGGGAAAUACCACUUAUUCUCCCGCAAUGAGUGGGACCAAUCAAGAUUCUAUGGGCCAAGGAGAGCAGAUAGCUUCACGGGAUGAGCGCAUUUCUACCCCUGCAAUCAAGACUGGUGUUUUGAUGGAUUCAAAGAAAAGAAACAUGGGCAAGCCAAUGUUUACUUUCAAGGAAGCACCGAAAGUAUCACCCAACCCAGCAUUACUAAACCUUCUCAAUCGGAGUGAUAAGAAAUUGGGUUUUGAGUCAGGGCCUGAGGAAGACUACCUUAGCCUUGGAGCUGAGGCUUGUAAUUUUCUCCAGUCUGCAAGACUUAAACCCAAGAUUCCUCCACCAGUGGCUCCAAAGCCUAUGAUCAAUCCCAACUCUCCUCCUUGGUCCCCACAGAUAGAAGUGACCAAUCAGGACAUGCCUCCACAAGCUGAAAAUAGUGUGUCCACACCUGCUGUAGCCCCCACCGCAGACACUACCCUUGCUCCAGAACUGGAGCCAACCCCUGCACCUGCCCCUGAGCCCGCUCCCCCUCCUGCCCCCCAGGAGGCUCCAGCCAGUGCUAUGACAGAACAACAGCCCACAUGGAUUCAUCAGCCAGAAACUCAACAGGAACCUCUGCAAGUGCCAGCCCAAGAGGAAAAUGGUCAUAUGAAUACCACCCAGCAGCCUGAGCAUGCUCCUGUGACAAGCUGGUCUACAGCACAAACACAAGCCAUACAACAGCCACCUACUGAUGCAUGGCAUCCAACUCAAGUGCAGCCACAGGAACCACCUCCAAGUCAGUCCCCACCACAGCCACCUUGGGUGACACGCCAGCCUCCCCAGACCCAGCCACAGGUUCAACCCUCCACAAAUACUUGGACCCCUCAAAUUCAGCCAUCCUGGAGUCAACCUCAAGAGCAAGUGCAAGCCCCAGCUCAGGUACAGCCACCCUGGGCCCAGCCUCAAGAGCCACCUCAGCCACAGUAUCAGCCACCCUGGGCACACCCUCAAGGGCACCCAAGUCAGCAGCAGCAAAUGCAACCAACUUGGAGUCAACCUCAAGAACAAAUGCAACAGCAGCAACAGGCCCAGUGGGCACAGCCAUCACAAACAGAGUCUCAGCAGCAACCACCAUGGGUGACACAACAACAGCAACAGCCUCAGCCUCCUUGGGUUCAGCAGGUUCAGCCAGAAUCCCAAUCACAACCCCCAUGGGCUCAGCAACCACAGCAUCAGGCCCCUCAACAAGCAUGGCCACAAGCCCAGGCACCAGGCCAGCCUCAGCCACCUUGGAUUUCAGUGCAGCCUCAACAGCAACCUCCAAUGAAUACAUGGCCUCCAUCACAAACUCAAGCCGAAGUUCAACCGCCUUGGGUCCAAGCACCCCAAGCACAGCCUCCUGCUCAACCCCAAGCCAAUUUAAAUCCAUGGGCACCAGUACCUGCACAGCCUGAGCCCCAACCAUCAUGGGCCCAGCAGCCACCAGAACAUGAGCAGCAUCCCAUGAAUUCUUGGGCCCAAGACCAAAACACUGCCCAACAGCAGCCACCUUGGGCUCAACCUGUUCCACCCCAGCCAGCACCACAGUCAAACUGGCAACAGUCCCCUUCAAAGACCCCACCACAGCAACCAAUUAAUACAUGGCCUUCAGCUCAGACACAGCCUCAGACACCUGUAAGCACCUGGGCACCACAGGCACCGCAGACACCUGUGAGUGCUUCUGCUUCAAUACUGAACCCUCGUCCCUCUCCGAAACCUUGGGCUCCACCACAAAGUUCGUCCCAAAACCGUACACCUCCACCUCCACCACAGCGAAUGCACUCUUUUACCAUUGGUCAAAGAGUGUCAUCACCCAUCAAUCCAAUGGCCACUGUGUUGAAUCCAUCAUCCCAAGGUUCAUCUUUUGAGAUGCCGGCAGUAAGAGGAAAAGGAGCUGAUAUGUUUGCCAAGAGACAGUCUCGGAUGGAGAAGUUUGUCGUGGACUCUGAGACUGUGCAAGCAAACAAGGCAAGCCGGCCAACAUCGCCAGUUGCUUCAUUGCCGAAUGAGUGGAAGUAUACACCAAAUGUACGUGCCCCACCCCCACGGGCUUAUAAUCCCAUUCAGUCCCCUUCUUAUCCCCCAGCAGCAACAAAGCAGCCCCCACCUGGUAGCCCCUCAUCCAAAGCCAAGAAAAAAGGCAAAGAUAAGCAAACACCUGCUCCUAAACCUCUCAAUGUUAUAGAUGUUAUGAAGCAUCAACCCUAUCAACUUGAUUCUUCUCUGUUUCUCUAUGGCCCGGCAGCAGAGGCUGCCAAGCAAGCUGCAUCUAAACCUGAAUGCCCCCCUCCUAACCCACCUGUUGAAAACCAACCAGUGCAAUAUGAGCAAAUGGCUCCUGUCCAGCAACCUGGACCAUAUAAUGCCCCAUACCCCCAGCAAGCCUAUGGGAUGCCAAUGCAACCAAUGAUGCAGGAUGGCCCCUAUCAACAAAACCCAGUUAAUGUUUAUCCUCCCCCCAACCCCUAUCAGCAACCUCCAGGUGUUCCAUACCAGCAAGCCUAUCCCCAACAGUAUCAGCAACCUGCUCCACCCCCUUACCAACCCCAAGCUCCUCAGUCUCCAAACUCUCCCUACCAGCAGGCCCCGUACCAACAAGUCAAUAGCUCCCCCUACCAGCAGGCACCACAGGCUCCUUACCAGCCAGCAAAUAGCCCUCCUUACCUUGCUGCUCCCUCAGUACCUUACCAGCCGCAGCCACCCUCAAGCUUUGCCACCCCUAGUUUUAGUGCAGCAGCAGCAAGGCCUGAUUCUGCAUCAGGUGGCAAUCCUGUAGCUGCUCCUAAACCCAAGUUUACUGCUAAAAAGAGCUCAGCUCAGGUGUGGAAGCCUACAGCAGUGGAAAAAGAAUGAUUCUAGUCGAAUCACACUGUAUGUUUGAUGUUUUCUUGAGUUAAAGGAGUGGAGCUCCCUCAGUCCACAGCCAAGUGGACUAUUUAGAGCACAUAGACUUGCUAGCAAUGACCAUCUCAACCUUCAUUUGCACUUGUUAUUGUUGUAAGGCAGAACUUGAUUGAUUUCAAAGGUGAGGGUUGGUGUGAGUGACAUUGAGAACAAACUAAGAUGUCAAAAUACGAUUGAGAUGUAUGUGUGUCUUUUGAAAUAAAAGAGCAGCGAAUGAAUAGAACAUAUACAGUAUGUUUUAACAGAUUCAUAUGAAAUUCUACGUAUGAUACUACAGAAAUCACAAUAAAUUAAUGUAGUCUAUAAAGAAUAAAAACUGGUGGUAAUAUAAGAAUGUAGGGAUGCACUGUGAUCUGUAAGAAUUGAAAGAAAGAAGUGAUAGAGAAAAGGAAUCAGUGAUUUGUGAUUGAUUCAAGACUGAUAACAGGAAGUUCAUUUUUUUAAAAGGAGAAAAUACUACAUGUGCCUUGUGUUAAUACAAAUAAAACAAACCUUAAAAUUAUUAGUUAGUCUUUAAAUAAAAGAGAGUAAAUAAAUCAAAGAUAAAAAUAAAGUAGGGAGGGGAAGGGUGUGGUUUGUGGGGUGUAAUGAUACCACACUGAAAGCUAAAUUUGUAAGGUCAGUGAAGUCAUAAGUUUGAAUAUUAUGUAACGACUCCAUGGGAUUAAAGGUCAGAUUACAGAAAAAUCCUUUUCUUAAAAAAAGCCAAAUUACUGAUUCUUCAACAGCUUCCCCCAGAGUCUUUACUAUAGUACCACAUAUGUGGGUUAACUUUAUUUUAAGCUUUUUUUUUCCAGCUGUUGCAUCAUGUUAGGAACUAUAUUUAAACUGCCUCAUGGGAGGGAGUGCCGAGGUCCAGAGAUAGUAGGCUUAAAUUUCAGCGUAAGCCAUUAAAAGCUACUGAACCUCAGACCCUUGUAGUAUUUUUUUUUUUCUGAUAACAGAAAAAUAUUAUGAAUCCUCACUCAUCUUGCAACUUCUGCAUUUUUUAUUUAUUUGAUUAGUGGUUAAUGAUAUAUGAAAGAAGAAUUACUGAAAGGAUAAUCAGCCUGUUAAUAUGAAUGAUUAUAUUUUUGGUACAGGGCUGUUUUUGCUCUCUGUGUUCUUUUCUUUUUCCUUCUCCUUUGUGUGUUUCUCCUCAUAGUGCACUUUUCUGUAUGAUUCACUGCAGUGCCAUUAAAAUGUCUUUUAUCCUUGUUUGGCUUUCCUUUCCUUCUGUUCCUCAGGCAUGCUUUUGGGCUUCAUCUGCUGCUAGUCUGUUUUUCUUUCAUCUUUGCCACAUUUCACUGCUUUUUCACCUGUGCUAAAAGUACUGUCAGAAUUAUUCAAUAACAAACAUUACCGUCAUUAAACAAUCAGAAUUAAAACACACACCCUCAAUCGUUUUGCAAAACCAGCGUUGCGAAAUAGAUCCCUUAUUUGAACAAUAAAAUCAAAUCCAAUGCUAAUGCUGUGCAAACAUCGGCCAGGAACACCUCAUUAUCGAAAUCACCUCAAUUUACGGGCAUGGAGGUGAAUGCUGGAGCAGCACAUUCCUGCAGAAUGACUACCUAGUGAUGCAUUCGCAAGGGGUAUUAUUAGAUCAGUGACUUCACUGAAUGAGUGCAGCCUCACUGGUUAAAUCAGGAGGUCAGGAGAGUGGGUCACUGCUGAAAUGUAUAUGGGUUAUGUCAUGCAUUUUCCAAAAGGGCAGUUACUUGUUAAGAGGAAGUUUGGAUAUCAAAUUGUGUCUUAAUUUGGCUGAUUUCUGCAGCUAUAUGUGGAGGGACAAGUUCCACUGCCAAAUUGAUAGAAUCUACUGUAAAUUACAUAUGUGAUUUUAACUUAAGAUCAUAAAAAUAAAAGCUGUAUUUGAAAAUAGUGUCUAAAGAAUGGGAUUUGAACAGAUGUAAUUAUGAGGGAAUGUUAAAUAGAAUUAAGGCAGUGACUAAAGGUAGACUCAAGACUCAGCAACUGCACAUUUCAGGUUAACUUAAGGAGGGCUAAUGCUUAUUUUAAUGCAUGUUUUAGCCAAUACUGUGUCCUACAAAGUUAAAGAAUAAACUGGAAUAUAUUUCCUUACAGACCUUAAAUCACAUAAAAAUCCAUGUCCAUACUUGACCUAUUGGAACAUCUGUUUGGAAAUCAAAGCCCUUUACAUGCACAUCAUCACAAAUACCCACAUGCUCAGAUAAAAUUUGAAAAUAUGUUAUCUUCUUGAGUGACAUAAUGGACCACAUCAAUAACAUGAGGCAAACACAUACAGUGUUUAUAGCAGUUAUCCUUGUAGACUAAAAUAUGACUUGAGGUUGUCCACUAAUCUCCUUAUUGAUUUGUGUUUGUGUCCUAAUCCAGGACAAGCUGACAAGAUACCUGAGUCAGCUAAGACUUUAUUCCCCCUUGACUCAUUUAACUAUCUUGUUUUUGUCUUUUUUAAGACUGCACUCUUUUCUGCUCUUUAGUUUUUUCUUUCCUGAUUCAUUAUUUUGAUUCUAUUUUUGCUUUAGUUUCCAUCCGCUGAUCUUCACACAUUUCACCAGAUGAGGGCAGCACUGCCUUUUUCUGCAUAUCUGCCACAUGCAUUAGAGUGUCCUCAAAGACAGGACCCCUCCGCCACAGAGGUGUUCUCACCCUACAUAACCUUUGGCCACCUGGGCGCUUGACAGGAUAUUUUUAUAUUGAGCAUUUAACAGUUUUACCAUGUGGUUGCCAUUCUUGAAGAGCACAUCCUUGCUCUGGGAACUCCAUGCAAACUUUCAAGCUUGUUGUUAGACAAAAUAAUGAAGCAGUUCACUUUAAAACUACAAGGUUUUUGUCUGGUUAUUUGUGGAUUUCCGUAUUUUUGCUAAAAGAAUAAAACAGGCAGCAGUUUCAGAUAUAAAAUCCAAUGUUAGAGUAUUACAUCACUCCAGAGAAAUUUGUUGAUAUAGAGCUGCUCUCUUGUCCAACAUUUCAAAGACUAGUUUCAUUUGGCCAGAAGGCCAGUCAGGCAAACAAAAAGGAACCCUUACUAAAAUAAGCAUGUCUGGAUCUUUCUUUACAGGCACUUGGCAGGAGCUAUUCCCUCUCCCCAUUAGCCAGAGUACCAUCCGCCACAGGCCAGAGGUCAGCCUCUUCCUCCCCCAAGCCUCCUUCCCGAGCCUCCUCAACUCCCCCAGUGAAGCAGACACACCGACCAGAGAAAGGUCACAAACCCCUGACACCCUGGGAGGCGGCCUCCCGUCAUCCCCUGGGCCUGGUGGAUGAAGCCUUCCCAGAUCAGAACCUCCAGCAAACCCUCGCUUCAAACAUCCGCAUGGCAGCCCAGCGGAAGAUCCUGCCUGAGCCGCCAGCGGAGUGGAAGGCCAGGGUUUCCUACCAAGCCCCACAGAAAACAGGCAGCCAGACUUGGAGUCAGAGUCAAAGCCACAGUCCACGUCGGGCUCCACUGCCAUCAUUUAUGUCCCCGACGAGGAGCACCAUUUCCAGUCCUGGAGGGUGUGCUGGUUAUAGAUCUCUGCCCAGACAGUGGCGGCCUCAGAAAUCUGCCACAGAGGGGAACCUGGGGCCGUCAGUGUCCUAUUCUGAGUAUAAGAGGCCCUCUGGAAACCAGACUUACAAGUCUGUGUACAACAGCAACACUUGGAGUUGGAAGCGGUAG